AACAAACUUUCAUUUUCUAGUGAUGUUCUGUAAGAAACCGGAGUUUUUGGUAAAUAUACAGGAAAUGACAUUCCGCGAAUUCGAAACUGCAUGCGAGCAAAGUAGCGUAUGCAGCCACAUGAGCGGCCUGGCACGAACGCGGUGCAUACGUGAAUGCGUGUCCCCGUCAUGCUACAGAGAGCUUUACCAGGGGGACCCGCUAGAAGAAGGUGAAAUUGACGUGAGACUGAACUCAUUCAAAGGCUGCUUUAUACAGAGAAGUGGGCGCACGAGAAAUUGAUUUCGCACAAGUAUCGUCUCUUCAAUGAUCUUGUGCGGAAAUAAAAUUAACAAAAUCCACCGAAAAGUGCAUUUCGUUUUAAGACUGCUUACGAACAGAGCUACGAACGAAGAUAAUUUUGUAAAAAAUGUGAUAAAAAAGAAAGUCUGACUGAGCUUUGGACGGAUUAAUUUAAGUUUUUAAAAUUUCUUAAAAUUGUAGAUAUGUAGGUAAUUAUUACAGGGAGGUUAAAUAGCCUCCUACUACAUCUCACUGCUGGGCACAGGUCUCCCUUCUUAGGAGAAUUGUUCCAAUGUGGCCUUUUUAACCCCCUGGUCAGAAAUUCAGUAACAUAUUAUAUUUUAUUCUACUUUAUCUAAACUUAAUGGUAGAACAUAAUAUAAAGUUCAUAUUACCAUUCUCACAUUGAAAAUCAUUAAAUGUUUAUUUUAUUUUAAAAUUUCGUACUUUUUGACAACAAUAUUAUACAUAAUAUCGUUAAACCUAAGUAAAUUUGUAUCGAUGGGUCUACGAUUUUAAUCUAUUGUCAAAUAAUUUUAGUAUUACUAUUCAAAAAGUCAGAUGACGGUAAUAUUUUUAUCGUUUAGGUGAAUAUGCCACCGAAUUUCCGACCAAUUAAUAUUAAUAUAAUCUUUGCACUUACUGAAAUACACAAUGCAUCUUGAAUUUAAAUCUAACAAUUCAU